CAAGUUUGCGCACCGGGAUGCGCGAGCAGCCUGAAGAUGGCUCUCUGUCGGAUUUACUCAUCCCUUUUUCUUUUUGUUCUUUACACUUUACCAGACUGUGAAGCACUGAGAAACCAUCCGGAUAAUGAAGUUACACUUCUGGACUCCAUGUCAGCUCCAGGAGAUCUAGGAUGGGAGGCCUACCCAUCAGAAGGGUGGGAGGAGAUCAGCGUAAUGGAUGAGCGUAACAUCCCCAUGCGCACGUACCAGGUGUGCAACGUAAUGGAGGCCAACCAGAACAACUGGUUGCGCACAGGACUGAUCCCACGUGCUGGUGCACGGCGUGUUUACGUAGAACUCAAAUUCACACUGCGUGAUUGCAACAGCCUUCCUGGUGUUCCUGGAACCUGCAAAGAGACAUUCAAUGUCUACUAUCAUGAAUCAGAUGGUGCGGUGCCACCCCCACCACUACGGCACGCUCGCGAGAGCCAGUAUGUCAAAAUUGAUACGAUCGCAGCAGACGAGAGCUUCACCCAGAGCGAUGUGGGGGAGCGUGUCAUGAAGCUCAACACAGAAGUGCGCCACAUCGGGGGACUCAGCAAGCGAGGCCUCUACUUAGCAUUCCAGGACUUGGGUGCCUGCAUCGCCCUGGUAUCAGUUCGAGUGUUUUAUAAGCGAUGCCCGCUGGCCGUGACGAACCUGGCACUUUUCUCUGACACGGUGACAGGUGGAGACCAGGCGCUGGUGGAGGUGCGAGGGUCCUGUGUGGAGUAUGCUGAGGAGCUGGAGGCACCACGCAUGUUCUGCAGUGCAGACGGAGGCUGGCUUGUGCCAAUUGGACGAUGCGUGUGCAGGCCUGGCUUUGAGGAGAUUGAUGGCCAAUGUCAGCCCUGUAGGCCUGGCUUUUACAAAGCCUCAGCCAUGGACGCCUACUGCAUGAAGUGUCCACCACAUAGCUACUCUCAUCAGGACAAAGCCUCCGAGUGCAUAUGUGAAAGGGGCUACUACAGAGCCGAAACUGACCCCCGCUCCAUGGCCUGCACAAGGCCUCCAUCAGCACCAGGUAACCCCAUUUCCACAGUGAACGAGACAGCAGUGACUCUGGAGUGGAGCCCGCCUCGGGACACUGGGGGCAGAGGGGAUGUAACCUACAGUGUUCAUUGCAAAAAGUGCUCAGUCUCUGUUGGUGAGAUGGUUGAGAAGUGCGUGCCCUGUGGCAGCAGUGCUCACUUCAGCCCACGCCAAUUUGGCCUGGCUCACCCCAGAGUUCAGGUCAGCGAGCUCCAGCCUCGAACCAACUACACGUUCAGCAUCGAGGCUGUGAAUGGAGUCUCAGAUCUCAGCCCAAGCCCUCGACACAUUGUGAACAUCAACAUCACCACCAGCCAGACAGUGAGUGUGAUUGUUAAGGAAAGGAGGAGCCGGGACAGCAUCACCCUGGCCUGGCAGGGUCCGGAAACGUCUGACGGCGCUGUGGUGGAGUACGAGGUCACCUAUUAUGAGAAGAAUCAGCGAGACCAGAACUACACAGUAUUGAAGACCAAAUCUAACAUCAUGACAGUGGAGGGCUUGAAACCAGGUACCACGUAUGUGUUCAGGGUUCGUGCUCACACUGACGGAGGCUACGGCAACUACGGCGGAGAGAUCGAGCUGGAGACGAGGCACGAAGAUAUGUUGGCAGUUGGAGAUCCGAACCAGAAGACCAUCUUGGCUGUGUCCAUUGCUGCUGGUGUAGUACUCCUCAUCCUUCUUGUGGCCUGCUUUGUGGUCAGUGGCAGGCACUGUGGCUACAUCAAAGCGAAACAGGACCCCGAGGAGGAGAAAAUGCAGUUCCAGCAUAGCCGUGUCCCACUUCCUGGAAGCAGAACGUACAUUCAUCCUCACACGUACGAGGACCCGAAUCAGGCAGUACGUGAUUUUGCCAAAGAAAUCGACGUCUCCAACAUCCGUAUAGAGCGAGUGAUCGGAGCCGGCGAGUUUGGGGAAGUGUGCAGCGGUCGUUUGCGUCUGCCCAGUAAAAGGGAGAUCCACGUGGCCAUCAAGAGUCUUAAAGCAGGCUACACAGAGCAACAGAGGCGGGAUUUCCUCAGUGAGGCAAGCAUCAUGGGCCAGUUUGACCACCCGAACAUCAUCAGACUGGAAGGAGUUGUGACCCGAUGUAAACCUGUGAUGAUAAUAACUGAAUACAUGGAAAAUGGAUCACUGGACACAUUUCUGAAGAAACAUGAUGGCCAGUUUACAGUGAUUCAGCUUUUGGGCAUGAUGCGAGGUAUUGCUGCUGGGAUGCAGUAUCUUUCUGAGAUGAACUAUGUACAUCGAGACCUUGCAGCAAGGAACAUUCUGGUAAAUGGAAAUCUGGUGUGUAAAGUAUCAGACUUUGGACUGUCCCGCGUGCUUGAGGACGACCCAGACGCAGUGUAUACUACCAGGGGGGGAAAGAUUCCUAUCCGGUGGACAGCUCCAGAAGCCAUCGCGUACAGGAAGUUCACUUCAGCUAGUGAUGUGUGGAGUUACGGCAUCACCAUGUGGGAAGUAAUAUCUUAUGGGGAGCGGCCAUAUUGGGAGAUGUCCAAUCAGGAUGUGAUAAAGGCGGUAGAUGAGGGCUACAGGCUGCCAGCACCAAUGGACUGCCCUGUGGUGUUGCACCAACUCAUGCUGGACUGCUGGGAGAAGAACCGCAGCGAUAGGCCUAAGUUUGGACAGAUUGUCAUCAAUCUGGACCAAUUGAUCCGCAACCCCAGCAGCCUGAAACAGCUGGCCAACAGCACUGUUUGGGAGGACCCAGUAACUCCAGAGCCUGCAUACAGCACUGUGGCUGAUUGGCUCGACUCCAUUAAGAUGAAUCAGUACAAAGAACAUUUCUCCAGUGCUGGAUAUUUCUCUCUUGACUCAGUCCUGUAUGUCAGUGUCAGUGAACUCGGGAAGAUGGGAAUUGUGUUGGCAGGCCAUCAGAAAAAAAUCCUCUCAAGCAUUCAGUGCCUGCACGUACAGCAGCAGCAGCAGCAGCAGCAGCAACAGGGAACCCACGUGCAGGUAUAAAUCUCCAGUUAAGCCCCGCCUCCUCACUCCUAGCUCUAUCAUCAGACAGAUGUGUCUUCCUGUCCACCACUCCAGUAAGCCACUCCUCUAUCAGCACUGAGUUCACCAACGCACAUCGGCCUGCCUGUUCUGAUUGGUCGCUAGGGUCAGUGGGGAACAUCCAGGCAUCUGGGCAGUUUUCAAGACUGAGACAGUGUGGAAGUGAGAAAAUUGCUCUGUGAAUUUAAGGAAGCACUGGCAAAACUCCGUGCAGAAUACUUUUACUCUGAAGUUCAACAGGAAGAAAAUAGAACCACGUGUUGUAAAAAAAAAAUGUAAAAAAAAAAAAGCCUUCUGUUUUGUAGUAAUGUGGUGGUCUGUUGACUUGAUGCUUUUAGUGUUGAUGUAGGUGGAGUUUGUGUACCACAUUGGGAUGGACUUCUGCUAUAAGGCCAUCUGUGAACUUAUUUAUGGUAGAGUAAUAGUUUUUUCCAACAGGUGACAAAGCACUGCCACACACAAUCAGACAGGAAAUGGAUGCAUUAUUACUCCAUAUGCCAUGCAGUCUGUUGUCAUGUGAGUGGAGUGCACAGAGACUCCUAUUCAAUGGGCCUGGCACAGGCCAAACUCAGUGGAGAGACAGAACCAAAGGGAUACUUCAGAACCAUUGAAGAAAUAUAUGUCACCUGUCUACAAAGAUUUUCUUCUUCUUCUUCUUCUUCUUUUUUUUUUUUUUGCUGAAUUGACAUUAAGAAACAUUGAUACUUUCACUGAUACUGAGUUGGAUGUGUCUUGUUAUUUCAUGUAAUGUGAACAUCAUAUUAACAGGAAGUGCUGCGUGUUCCCCUACUCACGCUUUGGAGAAUCAUCAUGCAGUACUUUAGCCGCUGAAGCACAGAAAUAAUGUUGUUAACAAAAUGAUUUUUUUAGUCCCUGUGUGUGUCAUGUUUCUCAAAAUGCCAUGUACAUAAUACCGUGUACUUAUUAAAGAUAGACAUGUCUGUGAUCCAGGUACUUCAGAAUAAACUUGCUCCAAGCCAGGGUCUGGUAUCACACUCGAAUUCCAAUUGUAUUAAGGUGAAAGAAUGGAAAAAAAAAUGUUUAAUUUGUACAGUAUUGUUUAAUGUGUGUUUGUACAGACAUGACAUUAUGUCUCAAGUAUUUUGUUGGUCGUACAGUAAACUCAGACAAGGAGAUGCUUCAUUUUAAAAUGCUUUGACGCUCGCUUUGGACAGAAAAGGAAUGUGAAUGUAAUGGAUGUGUUAGCUUUGUUGCAGGUCUGGAAAGCUAAACAGUUUCUCAGGAUUUCUUUUUCGCAUGUACGUUUGGAAGAAGGCAGUAAAGUUGAAGAUCUGACAGAAAGCCUGAAACAUCAUCUUCGCACCCUCCAGAAUUAUUGGCAUUCUUCAAAAUGAUUGAAACCUAUCAUAGUGAUUUUAUAAAUAUCAAUACUACAAACAAAAAAUCUAAUGCAAACAGCAGUUAAAAAAAUAAAUCCAUGUAUUAUUAUUAUUAUUAUUAUUAUUAUUAUUAUUAUUAUUAUUAUUAUUAAUAGUAUUUUCUCCAAAAUACAUGUGCCAAAAUUAUUGUAUUUAUUUCUAUUUUAAAUAAAUGCAAAUGAAUUGUUUUUGGAAAACAUGUAUUUUUUUCAGUCCCAUGAAACUUGGUUGUUGCCUUUAACCAUAACUAUAGGUUUUAUGUAUAAGGGUAAAAAUUGCCAUGACCUGUAUGUCCUAGCACUUGUACACAAAUACCUCCAACCCCACCCCACCCCACCCCACCGCACAAACCCCACCAAAUAGGAUGGUGAAAGGAAGAACAAAUUAUCACAGAUUCAGAAUCUGACACUUUAGUUCUUGUGGUUGUAAUAUGUAAAUUGUUGGGAAUUACAGAUAAAUGCCACGUUCAUAAUAGCAAGCAGUUUGGAAGCACUGCAAGAAAGAAACUUUUCCUAAAAACAUCUUACCACAAAGUUCCUCAAUGUCAAAUUGGACAACUAUAAAUUUAACCCCUACAGAGAUUCUGUAGUCCGAAUCGAAGCGUGAAGUCCAUGUGCACAAAUCUCAGAACCUACAGGAGCUUAAAAUGUUCUUCAUGGAUUACUGAGGCUAAGAUACCUUUAUUAUAAGUGUUUCUAUCCUAGUUAGACUACAUUAAGAGAUUUACUGCUGUUAUUCUCCUCACAUCAGCCAUCAUGAGUUAUUACUUGUAAGGAUGCUGAUAAUCUUCUGAACACAUUAAAAAUGUUAAAAUUAGAUUUUAAGAGAUUUUUGCUCAUUUUCAUGAAGGGUACCAAUAAUUCUGGAAUGUACGGUGUAUCUGAAUUUUAUCUCUAAUGGUUAUUUUUCAUUCAUUAGAAAUGACCCUAUGGUGUGUUUGUGGUUUUUGUACUACUGUAUGAAGAAUACUGUAGAAACGAAUCUGUAUUCAAACUGCAGUUACAUUUACCUUGAAACUUUUGACAGUACAUUCAAAAUGAAAAGGGCUUGUUUGAGAAAGGUUGGCUGCAAAUUAACGUUCUGGUUAGCUGGUUCCUCUAUGAUACUUUGGAAACGCAUUUGAUUAGUGCAGGAAAAAAAGGUAAUUAAAAGGCAGGCAUUUUGGUUUUAUUUAUAUUCGUUAUUUGUCAUCAUUUAUACAGACAGAUUGCCUGUUUGCUUUAUUGUGUUUGCUGUUCAGCAAUAUGCAUUGAAUAAAGAGUUCAGUUUUAUUAAA